AUGAAUACAAUGCUUGCAACAUUCAUCCUAAUUUCCUGCUCUGUGAUCAUCCUAAUCAAUUCCGAUAGGCCAGCCGAAUGUGAAUUACCGUCGAAAACCGGCCCAUGUCGAGCCAUGUUUCCAUCAUUCUAUUUCAAUUCAACUACAGAACAAUGUCACGAAUUUGUUUAUGGUGGUUGCGAUGGAAACGGUAAUCGUUUUGAAACGAAAGAUGAAUGUCUUCGACAUUGCGUAAACCAAACAACUCUUACUAAAUUGUUGACAACAUGCCAGAAGAACCAAUUCCGUCCUACACAAUCAAAGACAAAAUUGAUCCUUAAAUAUCCCUACGUUGCUAUGGAUACCGAAUUUCCGGGUAUUGUCGUACGUCCAUUAGGGGAAUUUAAAACUACAGCAGAAUAUCAAUACCAAUGUUUGAAACUGAACGUUGAUUUUUUAAAAAUUAUUCAAUUAGGUCUAACUUUUAUGGAUAGCCAAGGAAAAAGUCCACCAGGCGUUUGCUCCUAUCAAUUUAACUUCAAUUUCAACUUAACUAUGGAUAUGUAUGCACAAGAUUCAAUAGAGUUGUUACAGAAAUCUGGCAUACAAUUUAAAAAGCACGAAGACGAAGGAAUUGAUCCGCAUUUAUUUGCUGAAUUAUUAACAACAUCUGGUAUUGUAUUUAUGGAAAAUGUAACUUGGCUUUCGUUUCAUGCGGGUUAUGAUUUUGGUUAUUUAUUGAAAAUGCUCACAGGAAAAUUAUUACCCGAUACAGAAACCGACUUUUUUGAUCUAGUAAAGAUAUUUUUUCCAACAAUCUAUGAUGUCAAAUAUUUGAUGAAAAGCUGUAAGAAUCUAAAAGGUGGUUUAGAAGAAGUUGCCAAGCAACUUGAAAUUGAACGCAUCGGUCCACAGCAUCAAGCCGGUAGUGACAGUUUAAUGACUGGUCUGUCGUUUUUCCGCAUGAAAGAACUAUUUUUCGAAGAUUCAAUCGAUGAAGGCAAAUACUCAGGACAUUUGUAUGGUCUCGGAGCAUCCGCAUUUCCAGCUGGUGGUUUUGGAUAUGAAAACGAUCCUGUUAAUAUAGUGGAAAACGAAACGUUAUAUGUAUCAUUUUAA